AUGUUUAUUGUUUCAGCAGAUUCCUCUCGGAAAAGCAUUGCCGUCUAUGAAGAUGGUGCACUUCCGAUCAGUCCUAUUGCCCGGAAAUUCAAACGCAAGCACAAGAAGGACAUCAGCCAGAAUAAGAGAGCUUUGAGAAGGCUCAGGACGGCCUGUGAGAGAGCCAAAAGAACCCUGUCCUCCAGCAGCCAGGCCAGCAUCGAGAUUGACUCUCUGAGCGAGGGCACUGACUUCUACACUUCCAUAACAAGGGCUCGCUUUGAGGAGUUGUGUUCAGACCUCUUUAGGGGAACGCUUGAUCCAGUAGAAAAGGCUCUCAGAGAUGCUAAAAUGGACAAGUCUCAGAUACAUGAUAUUGUUCUAGUGGGAGGAUCUACACGCAUCCCUAAGGUGCAAAAGCUACUACAAGACUUCUUUAAUGGCAAAGAGCUGAACAAAAGCAUUAAUCCUGAUGAAGCUGUGGCCUAUGGAGCUGCUGUACAAGCUGCCAUCUUGACCGGUGAUAAGUCUGAGAAGGUCCAGGAUCUCCUCCUGUUGGAUGUGGCACCACUCUCCCUUGGGCUAGAAACAGCAGGAGGGGUGAUGACUGUUCUUAUCAAAGGCAACACAACCAUCCCAACCAAGCAGACUCAGACCUUCACCACUUAUUCUGACAACCAGCCAGGAGUCCUCAUCCAAGUUUUUGAGGGUGAGCGAGCAAUGACCAAGGAUAACAAUCUUCUUGGCAAGUUUGAACUGAGCGGGAUAUCCCCAUCCCCAGGUGGAGUGCCACAGAUUGACGUGACCUUUGAUAUAGAUGCCAACGGUAUUCUCAAUGUUUCCGCAAUGGACAAAAGCUCUGGUAAACAGAACAAAAUCACAAUCACCAAUGACAAGGGAAGGCUGAGCAAAGAGGAGAUUGAGAGGAUGGUUCAAGAGGCUGAGAAAUAUAAGGCGGAUGAUGAUACCCAAAGAGAGAGGAUCACUGCUAAGAACUCCCUGGAGGCUUAUGUCUUCAAUAUGAAAAGUGCAGUGGAAGAUGACAAUAUGAAGAAUAAGAUAAGUCCUGGAGAUAAGAAAAGCAUUACGGAGAAAUGUAACGAGACCCUGUCGUGGCUGGACAAGAACCAGUUAGCUGAGAAAGAAGAAUAUGUCCAUCGGCAGAAGGAAUUGGAGAAGGUGUGUAAUCCCAUCAUCGCCAAACUGUACCAAGAAUCCUCUGUGGGUGGAAUUCCAGGAGGAAUGCCUGGUGCCAGCUGCAGUGCCCAAGCAAGACAGAGCAGCAGCACAGGCCCCAUUAUUGAAGAACUGGAUUAAAAGUAUUGGUUUGAAAAAAGGACUUAUAAAUGGACUGUGUGCGUACUGUGGACUAUUGAACUAAACAUAGGAUUUUGCACAUAUCUACAGAAUAGGCGAUAAAAGUCCGGUUGUGGGGCUAUGUCUGACCAUUGGCUGCCGCCAUCCACCCCCACGAUCUCUUGAACGGGACCCAUCCUACUGUACCCACUCCGGCCCUCACCAUCCUGGACAAGGGCAAGUGACUGUCCGCUCACCCAAUACCGGACACAUGUCCCCUAUGGAUAGGGUAUUAGUGACUGAUAAGAAGUACCUUCUUUAAUUUUUACACAUAAAAACAUACUGAAAUGUAAAAAUGUUUUACUGGUGAUAUUUUCUCAAUUUUAUACUGUAAUUUUAUUAUCUUAAUAAAUAUUUUUUACAUA